AUGGGUGAUGACAGCGAUGAUGAUAACGUUGUUGAUGAUGUUGUGGCUGAUGAAGAUGGUGCUUACCAUUGCUAUGAAUCUUCUCCUUCUUCAGUCGCCCAGGGUAUGGCCAAGAUGCUUUGUGCGCCGUUGGCCAUCUUCUCGCGGCAGCGACGUCGCCCCAACGAGCCGACGGAGGUGGAUUUGGUUGGCGAGGUACAAGGCAAAACCUGCAUUGUCGUUGAUGACAUCGCGGACACAGCCGACACACUAUGCCAAGCUGCAGACAAGCUGAAGGCCAGAGGUGCGUCUGCAGUCCUUGGUGCAGUGGUCCACGGCAUCCUGUCGGAUCCGGCGUGCGAAAGCAUCAUGGCGUCGCAACUGGAAACCGUCUUCGUUUGA